AUGGUCAAACCACUCGACUAUAUCUUGACACCCGGUGAGGCCCAGCAGCUCACUCACUUCAUCGCUGCACGUGGCCACCAGCCGACCUUACUCAAGUCUCUCUCGUCAGAGCCAACAGAGCACGACGAGGUUCCCUUCAAGACGGACGACGACUAUGCGCUUGCACGAGUAUUGCCGGCUGUCUCGAGGCGGACACUUCGCAUAUUCGCAUUCGUCUUUGCAGCUACGAGCGUGACAGAGAAUGCUCUGACCAUUGCAUUGAAGCGCAGAUGGCCGACCUUCAAGCCAGCGUCAGCCAUGCGUCUGGCGCUCUUUGUCGCGUCAUACAGCGCGGUCUAUCGCUUGUCGUUGCGCUACUUGCUCGUUGCGCUACCGAAGCUCGUCGCUCGAAGAUAUCCACGAAUGAGAGGAGCGAGUGUGUCCCGAGACUCAGAGAGGCGAACGACGAAGCGCAGUCUCUAUUCGCGCGGUAUGCUUAGACUGCUUUCCUCGCCAUAUCUGCCGCCUGCGCUGGCCGGCCUCCUUGCUGGACCAACCAUUCUGCUCGACGCGUCAGGACAACGGCGCAUCACGGUGGUACUCUACGCUUUGACGAGAUCGAUUCAGGCUGCCUAUGAUGGCAUGAUCCAAUCCGAAUGGCUUCCUGCGACUCUACGCGAGCGACGAUUGCUAUGGGGUGGACACAUCCUCUUUGCACUCUGCAAUGCCCAACUCCUGCAUGCCUUUGUCUUCCAUCCCGACUGCUUCCCCAAGGCCUACUCUGACUUUAUACUCGGUCAUAGCAAGGUGUACAUUCCGAGCAAACCGGCCUUUUUGCCACCCGCUGCCAGCUGGCCAACGCCUCGAGAGACUGUCAACACGAUCGCCAAGAUUGCCAGCGACAAGAAACCGUACCCCGCUUUCGAUAGUCCCCUGCUGCAUCCGGAAGCAGGCAAGAGCAUGCUACCGGCUGAUGGCCGAUUCGAUACAGUCAAGCCAAUACUGGACAUGCUCGCUCACCCCGGCCAUACACGUCUGGUCAGUGCGAUAUUGCAUCCUGCCGAGCCUAGUGGAUGGGAGACUUUCAAAGCUCACAUGUCUGCCGAAUUACCGCCCAGCCUACGCUUCAUGAGCAUCCUCAGCGGUCUGGGCAUGCUCUUGCGCUACAAGAAAGUCCUUCGAGACCCGGAGAAUGCAGUCUACAGCUUUGUCACCUCCACGCUCGGCGGCAGCAUCUUCCUGUCAGGCGCGAUAGGCUCUGCCUGGGCUUCAAUCGAUCUCUUUGGCAAGUAUCUAUCGCCCCGUACUUUACCAAAAGAGCGUUGGUAUUUGCAAGGCUUUUUGGCCGGAUUGUUCGUACUUUUCCAACGCAAUCGUGCGACCGAUCUCGCAAUCUAUACUGCCCGAUUGUCAAUCCAGUCCGCGUGGCAGAUUGCAGUCAAACGCAGGCGAGUCAAACCAAUUCCAAACGGCGAAGCGAUUUACUUUGCCUUGUCGACUGCGCUUCUCAUGGCCCUUUUCGAAGUCAAGCCCAAGAGCAUCCGCUCCGGUCUGAUACAGUCUCUACUGACACAGAUCAUCGGCCCAAGCAAAGCAGCAAGCAAGCCUCAGCCGGAAGAGACUGAAGAAGGCGAGUCCGAUGAGGGCUCCCAGUGA